AGAAUCACUACAAAGGUUAACACAAUGAAUGCCUGAUAAUUUUAAUAAGGUGAGAAAUUAUUUACUUAACUGCAAAUUAGAGAAAGUUGAAUCCAAGGAGUACACAACAAUUCAUAAUAAAGGCACUACAGAUCUAUUUUGAUGGAGAUGUAAAUUCCUCCUUAAAACUAUUAAGUUCAGAGGGCAAAAUUUGUGUUGGAACUAAUAUUUAAUAAUGCCAGAGAGUAUCUUACAUUCCUGAUAUAAAAAGGAUUAAACCAUUUACUUAAUAAUAG